CUCUAAGGGGCAUGACCUACCCACGCGACCGGCUAAGUGGGUUUCAAGGUAUUCUCAACUUUUAUAACAUGAAGUACGGCCCGGUUUUUAUAUGAGAAUGUGGUCAGAGGAAAUGCUUGUCCACUCUCUCCUAUGGCAGCCACAGCAAGAGCUUCCAAGGGUUCCGAUCUAUGAGGAAACCAACGCACUGAUAUAUCCUAGCUGGUCGUGGGCAGGCUGGAGCGGGCCAGUUAAAUACUGUAACUAUCUAGACUGGAACGGCCUCCCUGCCUUGCACGAUCCUUGGAAGCGAGCUUUACAAUCCGAGUAUGGCGAGACCGUUGAUAUCAAGAAGGAUGGCGCCCUAGUCCCUAUGUAUCACCUACAGCUUCAUACCCGGGUAGCAAGCUUUGGACUCACACUGGAUGAUAGAAGUGGAACUCCGAAGCCAAAGUCUUUAUCGAAGGCCCAUGGGAAGCUUUCAACCCGAUUCGGAAUCACCACAGUACGUUCGGCGGACCUUGACACCGAGGAAGAAUGGCUGGGGACCAUUUUACUACCAGCAUCCUACCAGCAAAAACUCUCGGAUGAGCACGAGUUUGUUGUUCUCUCGAGCGCUUACUGUUUUGUGGCCGAUGAGCUGUCUUUGGAUGCCUCAAGCGCUCUGAAGUCUUACUCUGUUAUUAAUGUUAUGUUAAUAACAAGGCAAGGCACCACUGCACAUGACGGCCAGCCGGUUGUGGUACGAGCUGGAGUUGGUAGGAUGUUGAAGAAGGCUUGGGAUAUGGCCGAAGUCUGUUGGGAGGAUAUGUUGGUUGCAUGACGAGAUGUGUUGGUGCUUCAGUUCAGUGAUUUAUGUGUAUACGACUUAUGAUAGAGAGACAUGCCCG